CCGGAAAGUGUUGCACGUGAUACAUGCAGUUUGGGAUUAUGUAUAUAUGUUUACAAGUGCUUAAUAUCUAAAUGACUAAUUACAGUACUUUGCCUCAGCAAUACAUAGUUCAAACUUUAAACUGCUAAACAGCAAUGGCGGAACAUGUUGCUCCCAAAAAACGAAAGCUUGAUAUAGACCGCGUUCACAUUAAUCUAUCACAGAAAGAACUACAACGCUAUAUUCUCGAAAUAGCCAAGGAACCCCUUGUGUUUUUGGAUAAAAUAUCCGAUUGGGGAAGUCUCGCUUGGACGCCAGAAAGCCUGAGUAAACAGCUCUCGAAUGUACGAACUCGAUUCCGAUUCUGUCCUCGUAUUUCUUCAAGCGAGUAUUGCUUUCCCGCCAAACAUGCAGUGAUGGAGACAGAUUGUCAGUUCAUGGAAGGUACUUUUGGGGACUUUCAUGAGUGGUUGACAUGCGAUGAGGCGAAAUCGCCAAAUUUGGCUUUUGGAAAGUUUCCUAGGAAAGGUAAAAUGUGAAAUAUAAUUUACCUCCGUUCUUGUAUUGCGUUUCUUUAUGAUUCUUGUUCUUCUGCUCUUCAACUGAGGCAUGUACGGGCGAUCAUGGGCAUUAACGAAUUUAACGUACGCUACCGGAAGUACUUAAUAUUUAGUACUGCUUUUAAAAAUAACAACAUACCAACAUUAUCCUUUAUUAUGAACACCCUCCUACGCAGAGUCAUGGAAAUAUAAAAUGCAAUACAGGACUUAAGCCCUGACAUGAGAGAAAAGUCAGAGGUUUCUCCAAUUCUCCCUGCAAAAUAUGGUAUACCCUGAGCUUGGCAGAUUGCUUUUGCAAACAGCAUAUUAUAAUUAUGGGUUACAUUGACCCAAACCAAAUGUACUUUCUGCAACGAUAGACUUGCUCUACAAUAGCAGGGUGGGUUGGAAAAUUUAUCGAAAAUUGAUAUUAAAUUGGCAGGAGUGGAUAGGUGGGGUUUUUGAAAUUGUUGUGGAAUAUAAGUCUGUUGCAGACAUUCCAACUCUCCCGAUUUUACCAGGAGUCUCCCGAAAAUUCAUGCAAUCUCCUGGUCUCCCGAUUUUUAUGAAAUUCUCCCGAUUUUUCAGAAUAUUCAGGAAAUAUCGUAAAAAAAUCAUAAAUAUACUGUUUUUAGCACCAUAAUAGUCUGUCUUCACCUUUUUAUGAAGUUACUUUAUGGCAAUUUAUAGGAUUACUUAUAACAACAUACUCCCAAAAUGCAGGAAACGCCAUUUCUGAAGACUUAAUUUUUAUUAUUUUUUCUCUGAAGAACUAGAUUUCAAUUCAUUGAACAGUCUCCCUAAAUUUUACGUCCAGUAGUUGGAAUGUCUGGUGUUGUUGCAAUAUACUGUAGGUUGCAACCUUUAAAAUUGCUUCCAAUUGCAGCUCUCAUCCUCUCUUCCACAGGUGCUUCAUGCACAAAUAGAGAUGCAUGGAUUAUUCCUGACCUAUUUUGCCUGACCUGCAUCUAACACCCCCCCCCUGCCCCCCCCCCAAUUAUAAUAUAACUAUGUUACUAUCAGGCCCGUAGCUGAGGGGGGGCCUGGGGGGGCAUUGCCCCCUCACUCGGUGGGGCAGUGCCCCCCAGUGCCCCCCCACUCCGAAAUUUGGUAUGAAAAAUUGAGAUAAAGGACCUGGAAACCAAUUGUAAUCAUGGGACAAAUUCUGUAAAUUUUGUGGUUAAUUAAUUUUGUGAUGUUUCGAAAAAUUUUGUUAGGUUUCAGAAAAAUUUGGUCUGUGCGGAAAAAAUUGGUAUGUCCGGAUAAAAUUUUUGACCCCUAAAAUGGUACACUGACCGAAAUUUUUUUGGCGACGGGGGGGGGAGGUCGCCAAAAUAACUUAGUGCCCCCCCCCCAGAAAUUGAGAGCCAGCUACGGGCUUGGUUACUAUGCAUUGACAACCCUUUGUGCAAUAUUCUUCAUUAAUAGAAUUUAGCAUUGACUUGUAAUUUAUUAACCUAGCUACCAUAUUUUUAUGCACAAUUAUAUAAUAUACAAUGUUUGAUUAAUUAACUCCAUAUUGCUCUGUUGUGAAACCAUCUGUUUCCUAAAUCCCCGCCCUGCAAUGGCCAUAUUAGCCAAAAUCCACCCUGUAGGAUAGCUAGAGCACAUUAUUGUAUGUUUCCUACAUAUCAAACGUUUUAUCUAAAUGUACGGCAAUUGAUAUCAGUAAAGUAUCGAGGUUUUUGGGCAUCUCGUUUGAUACUGACUACAAUAAAUGUAGCUCUGCAAUUCUGGUGCAGUGCUUAACCAACUGAGCUACAGAUCAGUCCAGUUGUUGCACACGGACAUUAACUACAAAUUCAUAUAAUUAUAUCUAAUGAGUGAUACCAGUGGUAGGUAUAUGGGUAAAUAUAAUGAUUAAAUAUAAUGGUGUAUACCUUUGGGUGUAUAGAAUAACAUUACACCUUUGCUUUCACAUGUCAUUCAUGACAACACUUCUGAUAGGGUUUCUGUCACUGUUUUGGAUAGAGCAGACUACUCGUGUUAUGCUGAUUACAAAUACAUGAAAGACUUAUUUGUUGAAUGUCCCAGUAAAGUACAAGAUAUAAACUGGGCAUGUCUUGGUUUUCCAACAAGGACUGGUGAACAAUCAACAUUUUGGAUGGGUAGUGAUGAAUCAUUUACACCAUGUCAUUAUGACAGUUAUGGAUGUAACUUGGUUGCUCAACUAUAUGGCAAGAAGAAAUGGUUAUUGUUUCCACCAACUCAGAGUGAGUAUCUUCACCCCACUCGGAUACCUUAUGAAGAGUCCAGUGUUUUUAGUCUGGUCAAUAUCCGAGAUCCUGAUCAUGAGAAAUUUCCAAACUUUGAACAUGCAACCUGUUAUGAGGUUAGUAAAUUGAAUUUUUUAAAUGACCAACAAGUUAUUACAAUUUUUCCUCAUUCCUGACUACUAACAAAUCGUCUGCAUGUUCAGUCUCAUUAUUUAUCAACCUCAAUGUCAACCUAGGGCGCACUGAGGCGCAUUGCAGCUCAAUGGGUUAAUAAUGUUUAGUAUUAUAUAUAAAGUGUGAUAAAUGACUUUCUAAAUACAUGUACAUGGUCAUGGAUUUGCAUUGAUAUAAUCAGGAUGUUCAGAAGUAGCACCUGGUUAGAAUAUUACUGUACCAUAGUCUGGUUAAUUCAAUCUGGAAAACCUCUGUGGUAAAGUCAACCCCCAAUUCCUGGUUAGUCCUGUUCUUAAUCCCUAACGUUUAUUUAGCUGUUUAUAACCAGGGUUUUAAUCCCAAUUUACCGACACGAUAAAUUCCAAUACAAUAUAUAGGGUUAUAUCACCCUCUAGAAUCUAUCUAAGCCCUGUUAGAAAGUGUUCAAUGACCCACCAAAAUUUCGCUUCAUCCCUCCUAUUUUGUGUGAAAGUCUUUAACCCUAACGCCUAAACCCUGCUGCAAGUGGUGCAAGCGGCACCACUGAACAAGCUUCAGCUCGACAGAGGUUAGGCGUUGGGGUUAAAGACUUUCACACAAAAUAGGAGGGAUGAAGCGAAAUUUUGGUGGGGUUGAACUCUUUCUAUACUCAGUGGUGCCGCUUGCACCCCACUAGAAAUUUUUCCACCCCUCCUUUUAAAAAAAUGAAAAUCCGCCCUUGAACUGUAUAGAAACACGGAAAAUGUUUUCUAUUUCUUAAAUAUUCUGGUUUAUAGGUUAUUCUUGAACCUGGUGAUAUUUUAUUCGUCCCUAAACACUGGUGGCAUUAUGUUGAGUGUGUGGAAACAGCAAUCAGUGUUAAUACAUGGAUAGAAAUGGUAAAAUGCGAUAUCUGCUAGACUUGAUUUCGGUCAUAGCUUUAAUGUGAUAUACUGCAGCUAUUUCAAUUAGGGUUGUCCCCCGAGCAAAGCGGAAAAGUCGAAUACGAGCGCGAAAGGCUGCUGGGAAUCGCUAAUAAAUUAAUGAUUUAUUAGCGAUUCCCAGCAGCCUUUCGCGCUCGUAUUCGACUUUUCCGCUUUGCUCGGGGGACAACCUUAAUUGAAAUAGCUGUAUACUUGCCUUGCACCUAGACACUACAUAAUAAAUGUACAUGUACAGUACUAUCGGGCUGUUGGAACAGUACACAUGCAUCUCGCGUUCAUAAGAAGCAGGAUACCCGAGUUUCAGCGAAUAACUUCAUGCCUUGUACAGUACCUUCUAGCACAAUACAGCAUUAAUUUAAAAUGAUCUUAAUUGACCCUGUGACGGAGAGACAUGUAGUUAAUUGGUCAUGUUGGCAUGCGCAAAAAUAUAUAAUGAACAUGAACAAGUACUGAAUAAUUUAUGACUCGUGCUCAAGGGUGGGUAGUAGCGAAGUAGUUGUAGUUCGCUACUGUAGCGAACUACAAUUUUCAAGUAGCCAGUAGUUUUUGACUACUUUUUUAAAACAGUAGUUGUAGUUAUAGCGAACUACAUUUUGCCUAUAAGUAGCCAAGUAGUUGACUACUUUUCAAACAGCAAAUCGCUAUUCGCUACUUUUUAAAAUUGUUAGCAACUUGAUAGAAUAGCAUGAUAUUGAGACACAGUUUGCUUAAAAUCAAUACUCAAUAGUCAAUUUGCACUCCUGAACACUGUAGUGCUUACAAAAAUGUUGCUUUGUGUUAACUGUUGCUACUCGUAAGUCGAUUUGUUAUAGAUUGCAUUACAGUCUGAGUUAGUAGAUGCUCCGAAUAUAGUAAAACUAAAAAAUAUAGUGUAGCGAAAUAGCGAAAUAGUUCGCUACAUUUUUUAAGCAGUAGCUGUAGUCAGUAGCGAACUACCUUUGUUCAAAAGUAGCAGUAGUUGUAGCUGACUACAUAUUUUUGAAGUAGCUGUAGUUAUAGCAAACUACAAAAAUUUUGUAGUCAACCCACCCUUGCUCGUGCUACUUACCCAAAGUAAACUGUGCACAAGGGGCGUCAUUCCUGGGAGGGGGGUGGGGCGACGCGUCCCGCUCACUUUUUGGACAUUCGCAAUAUAAUAUAAUAUAUACUGACGUCAUAAUGUGGGAAGAACAAAGUCGCCGAGGCGAGUGGGUCACUUUUUUGUUCUUCAUACAUUAUGACGUCAUACUGUGUAUCUAUAACUGAACACACAACGGCAAAAUCUUAUCUAUUUGUUUUAUAUAAUAAAAAGAAAAACCCCGAAUUAAACAGGUAAAUAGCUUACUUUUUAUCCGCCCAAACAUUUGGAAAUUUGAAAAUCGAAAUUUUACAAAUAUCACGCGUACAUGAUCUAUACAAAUAAUGGAAUGCUAUUGGCUUCCUUACGUUACGUCACGUGUGACGUAAUCCCGUGCGUCUGUCCUCCAAUAGAUCAUGGCUCUCGACCAAUGAAAGAGCCCGAAUUCUUAACGUCAUUAUAUAAAAUAUAGUUCGUCCAUUGGUCAACCUCGUUCCCCCACUUUUUGGAAUGGAUUGUCGCUUUUGAUGUGUAUGCUCAGAAAUACAAAUUAGGUCCCACAAGCAUUAAUUAACGCACACUUUUAUUUUCCUUCAUAUAUAAGGGUAAAGUGGGGAGUUUGGGGACCGACGGACGGACAGACACUCCCUCUUAUAGUCUAUAGAGACUAAAAAUGUCUAUUCAUAGGAAUUUUUCUUCUUAGAAUACAGAUAACUACGAUCGGAUUGAGGAAGCAAUAACAAGAACUUUGGUAAGUCGACAAUUUACUUUGAAACCGAAUGUAGCUUUAUAUAAGAAUACGGUACAGACAUAAUCGCAUGUUUUUGCUCGUUAUGCUCGCUCUACUGGCUACACGAUUCUUGACAUCACGUAGCCAAGAAUGACCCACAUAUGAAAUUCUUAUUCUGGGACCGGUUGUUCAAAGCUGGAUUAGCGCUAACCCUCGCCGGUUAAAAUUUAACCCGCUGUUUUAGUCUAUGUAUUUCUGCUGCCUCGUACCCAGGCGCUAUCAAAUUAAUCCACGCGGCCCACGCAAAGGCCGCGCAAGCCAUAGAACAACACAUAGCGCCUGGGUACGAAGCUGGUAUUUCUGCAAGUCCAUUUGUUUCCAAACCUUAGAAAAUAAAAUUCCUAUUGAUCCAGACAAGAUUUCUAAGGAAAUAUUCCCAAAUGCACAAACAAGUCGGUGGGAAGUGUGCUUCGAGUUUUACGUUAAUGUAGGGUUAAGCUGACUAGUCCCAGAGGUUUCACUGCAUUUAACAACUUUUCUUAUUAAAUAGAUAAAUCCCCUCAAAUUAGAAGAAACAAAAGUUGGUGCUUGCGACCAAAACGUAUGGCUCAAUCCAUCAAUGAGAAAGGCAAGUGAAAGUGUGAUACCGUGAGAAUGAAAUUGAGAUCAAAACUGUUCCAAUCAUUUUUCGUUAUUAUUAUAUGGCAAGCAUCACUUCCGGUGAAAUGGCGGACUGUGAUUGGCUGAGAAGCUCCGGCAGUCCAUUACGUAAAAACAAAUACAUGCAUUUUAAAACAAAACAGCAAAACUAAUUGAAAAUUAUAAUUUAAUUUGUUAUUAAUAAGAUAUCUGCGAAUGGUUUUUAGUGGAAAAGAAGGAAUACAUUGUUUUGUUUUUUUUUCUUCGACCAAAUGUGUGCCACGCUACUAAUAUGCAUUUCAAAUCAUGCAUUUCUUGUUUGUUUCAAGUAUAAAUGCCAUAUAAUAAACUAUUAUUAACCUCGCUUGCUCGGUAUGUACAGAGAAAUAUCGGACCUCGGUCUUUUUCUACAGAGUCGCCCUACGUGCUCGGUCUGUACAUAAAAGACCUCGGUCUGAUAUUUCUCUGUACAGACCUCGCGUUCGGUUAAUAAGAAGUUAAUAAUGGGCUACAUUAAAAAGGGAGAAUGUCUUUAAAAGGUACUUACAAAAAUCCUAUAAUUACAUUUUAUAGGAGAAUCUGUCAUUUCAUGAAAGCAUGAACUACUUAGGCCAAGCUUUAAGGCUAUACCAUCUGGAACAAAUGAAAGCCAAUAAUGAAGUUGAACAACAAGAAAAUAAAGAACUUGGCGCGGACGAGUUUAUAAAUACUGUUGUUUCAACUGAUGUUAUUCGAAUGAUAGCACAAAAACUUCUCAAACUCACAAAACCUAUGCGGUGACAUUUGUAUGAUAUUUUACACUAAUGCUUUCAAGGUCAUUUUCACUACCCAAUGACCGUAUAGACAUUUUGAAUUAAUAAUUGAAUAGACAUACGGUAGCGAUUGAUACACCGAGUGGAAAGGGUAAUUUAAAAAUGAAAAUUAAAGCCCAGCAAAUGACUUUCAGACGAGACAUAACAAAAAUAUACCGGAUUAAACGAGAACGGAAGUUAUCGCAAAUUUAAACUCCUGGGGCCUAUAUACAUGAACUUGCGUAUAUACUCCUGCAUGGGGCCUAUAUACAUGAACUUGCGGUUACAGCUCAACUGCUGGCCUCUGUUGCUCAGUUGGUUAGAGCGCUGCACCGGAAUCGCAGGGCCGUAGGUUCAAUUCCUACCAGAGGACCUUGUGCUGCAUUUUUCGCAGUCGUUCCUGGUUAGGUAUUAAAAUGUAUAUAUUCUCACUUGGAUUACAAACCCUAACAUUCUAAUAAGGGUUAGCGCUAACCCUGGGUUUGUUUUAGUUUGGGUACAUUUGCACAUCUGUUUAUUUCAAAAUUUUGGAAAAUAAAACUUCUAUUGAUCCAGACAUGAAUUUUGGAAAACUAUCUUCGUGUUUCUAUAAACAGGCUGUUGGGAAGAUUGUUUGAAAUUUUCGUUAACCUAGGAUUAAGCUAACCGGCUUUUGAACAACCGGCCCCAGCAUGGGAAAGAGUGAAUUAGUGGUUUAAAUAAUAAACGUUGUAUUAAAAUGAGUCAAAUUAUUGUGUAUUCCAUAUUUCGUGGGGGGUUUUUAUUGUAAAAUUACCCACGUCCUCUUUUCCAUGCUUUAAGCCGGUUUUCCACUAGGCGGAAUUUUGCGCGCGGAGCGGACUUCUUCUUUGUCUUGUGAUUUCUCGGGUGGAACUAAUUAGAAAAGACAAAGAAAAAUUCCGCUCCGCGCGCAAAAUUCCGCCUAAUGGAAAACCGGCUUAAUGACUUGCGUUCUCGCUUAAUCAGGAAAACAAACGCGCUCCAUUAAUGGCGGUCCUUGGCGCUUGUUUCGCGUCCUGAACUUAAUGGUUGAGAAAUGCCUGCAUUUAAUAACAAUAACAUGUUUUUCCAGACAAAAAAGCAGUCAAUCCAUGCAUAAAAUAAACUUAAUGUGUCCUUUAGCCCUAUCAGUUGAGCUGAGCGUCACUCGUGACUGUUGGCGGCCAGUAUAAGCAAGUUCCCCCAGUGCAUGCGGUGGCGUUUUGAGUGAUUUCAGCCACGCGUGCCAUCGGCACCGAAUAAUCAACAUGUUGAAUAAUUUCAGUCACGAAUGAACAUUUCCUCCAAGUGCGCGCGCUCGAAAAGCUAUCACCUUUCACUGUAGAUCGAAAAGGCAUGCGUAAUAAAACAUAAGACAAAAGGAAAAUAAUUAAUGAGGAAUCUAAUACUUGAGUAGCGACAUAUGAAUAUUCCUCAUAAUUAUUUUCCUUUUGUCUUAUGUUUUAUCACGCAUGCCUAUUCGAUCUACAAUGAAAGGUGAUAGCUUUUCGAGCACGCACACUUGGAGGAAAUGUUCAUUAGCGCUAUGUUAUGCAAAGUGAAAAAAGUUUAAACCAUAGAUAUCUUAUAUACACUAUCUAAUUAUUCUGCAAUUCAAAAAUUGAAGCCGUGAUUGCAGACUCAGGAUAUUCCCAUGAAAUGAGAAGAUUCGUAUGUUUUCUAUUUCUUAAACAGGGA